AACACUCUCGUCAUGUCAAAUUGAUGUAAAUAUUUUUGUCAAACAAGGUGACAUAGAACUGGAGAUUGUGAAGUUCAUCCACAAAAUUGUUUGGCAUUUAAUUAAUUUGUUUCAUUGUUUGCACUUCAGCUUCGUUUGUUUUGAGAACUACUAAUAGCUCAAAUUUUCGCUCUUUAAGUGAGCGAAUUCUUUGUUUAUCGUUCCUCUGCUGCCCAAUGCUGAACAAAAACCUGAAUGAAGUACCUUUUAAAGAUCCUUUGUUAUAUAGAAUUAUAAGCAGUUGCUCUAGAAAACACAGAAGAAACAGAGUGUUGUUCACCCAUCCGCGAAGUAUAUUGAAAAACUCAUUGCAAUUUUAAUUUUCAUUAUCGAUUUUUUUAUAUAUAAAUUUUCAUCGUCAACCUAAGAUAUGAAGUUUUUGGAAAGCAGUAUAUUUGAAGCUAUAAAUUCUGCUCUUCGUUUCCAAACUGGUGAGAGUGUCAUUCGAGGAAGAAUUGAAAGUUACUCUUGUAAAAUGGCUGGUGACCAUAAAAAACUUUUCAAAAUUAUGAAUGCUGAGGCAAAGGCAAAUGAUCUGCAGGCGUUGUCACCUCCUCGAAGUAUGAUGGUUGCAAACAGUCCAAGUAAAAGCUACAGCCAGAGUUCUGAAGGGGAAGGUCCUCUCUGUGAUACCAUCAAUCGCAAGACACUGAGUUACUUAAUUGCCACUCUGAAUGCUUCUUUCUCUCCUGAUUAUGAUUUCAGCCAUGCCAAAAGUGAAGAAUUCAGCCGAGAACACAGCUUAAGAUGGGUAGUGAGUACCAUUGAUGGCAAUCUAAGUGCAAGUAAUGAAUAUGAACCACUCAAGUCUCAACUGUGGUCUGCCAUUGAUCAUGAAAUUACUUUGUCUGAAUGUGACAUAUACAGUUAUAACCCUGAUCUAGACAGUGAUCCUUACGGAGAAGAUGGUUGCCUCUGGUCUUUCAAUUACUUUUUUUUUAACAAGCGUCUGAAGAGAAUCGUCUUCUUCACUUGUUAUGCCAUGGGCAUGACGUAUUGUGUUGAGUCAUCUGCUUUGUCUGAAGAUCUUAUGAUGGAAAUGGAUGAUUCAUUAGAAUGAGAGCAAGAACAAAAAGAUAAUUAUGUGUUAUAUCCCUCAAGGAUGCCUGAUCACUUACAAAGGAGGAUUUAUUUCUUCUUACUGACCAUUCUACAUUUUUAAAUUACAUCUAUUGUGAACAAUUAUUUUUUUUAUCUUAUCAAUAUUUUUUUAGCACUUGGAUCAUAUGUAUUGCAUUAAAACAUGUAUUAUUUUUUUGUUUUUGUUUAAGGGGUUACAGUACCUUUGCAACAUUUUUUUUUAAAUAAAGGUAUACUAAUUUGUUUUGUGGAUGUUUUGCAUACUCAUUUAACUUAUAAUCAAUAAUUUAUCUUCAAAAAAUAAUUAAACUGUUUAAUUUUUUUUUCAAAUUUUUAAAAAAAUU